AUGGAUACAAUGAGAUAUUGCCCACCAAAUAUAACUUUCAACGAUAUCUGGAUUAAUCAUGGUGUGUCCAAAUGUUUCAUGGAUACUGUUUGCACCACUAUAAUUUCUUUGUACUUGAUUAUAUUUGGGUCUGUCCAACUUUGGAUAUACCGCAAGUAUGGAACAGAAACUGAUGAGAGCACAUUGCCAAGAAGCAAUUUGUAUAAUUUACAAAAGUUUGUGUUGUAUCUCGUUCCUGUUUUAAGUGUGAUCAGAAUAAUUUUACAAGCCACAGUUUUGGACGAUGGAAUGGUCUAUGGGUAUAUGAUACUAACAACAGUAUUGACAGUGAUUGUUUAUCCAUACUCAAUCUAUAUACUGAAAAUUGAAAGACACAAAUUGUUACCAAGUGUGCCACCGCAUGGUCAUGGAUUGGUGCUACUUGGUUUUUGGACAUUAGCGUUUGUUGCUGAAAAUCUUGUUUUAAUUAAUAUUGGAAAACUUGAAUGGUGGUUUCACUUGAAUUCCUUGACAGAUCAAAUUGAAAUGGCUCUAUUCAUUUUGCGAUAUGUUAGUAACUUGUUGAUUUUUGCGCUUGGUUUACGAGCUCCCGGCAUUGCUAGCAAUUUUGACUCCGAUUAUCGCACACUUCAUGAUGACACAAUUAUACGAUCACGAUAUUAUCAAAGAAGAUCAGAUAAUGUUUCCACGUGGGCAAAUUUGUGGUACAAGACUAAGAUUUUAGCACCAUUUUUAUGGCCAAAGUCAGAUUUCCUACUUCAAUUAAGAGUGAUAUUUUGCUUUAUGUUGCUGCUGUGUGGACGUUUGAUAAAUCUUUAUGUACCAAUUUACAAUAAAAAAAUUGUGGACAGUGUAACGAUUGCUCCUGUAGAAUUUAGAUGGGAUAUAGUAUUGAUAUAUGUAACAUUUAAAUUUCUGCAAGGCGGUGGUACAGGAGGUAUGGGUUUGUUAAAUAAUUUAAGAUCCUUUCUCUGGAUCCGUAUACAACAAUACACCACUCGUGAGGUAGAAAUAGAAUUAUUCAGACAUUUGCAUGGAUUGAGUUUGCGUUGGCAUCUUGGAAGAAAAACUGGCGAAGUAUUAAGAGUCAUGGAUCGUGGUACAGAUUCCAUCAAUAAUUUACUUAAUUAUAUCCUCUUUUCAAUUGUACCAACCAUUAUUGAUAUUCUCGUAGCAGUUUUGUUUUUUGUCAGCGCAUUUAACAAAUGGUUUGGUCUGAUUGUUUUUACAACUAUGGUUCUUUAUAUUGCUGCUACGAUUGCGGUCACGGAAUGGCGUACAAAAUUCCAAAGACGAAUGAACUUGGCCGACAAUGCACAGAAAGCACGUAGCGUCGAUAGUUUACUGAACUUUGAAACGGUCAAGUAUUACAAUGCCGAAGCGUAUGAGGUGGAAAGCUAUAGAAAGGCAAUUUUAGAGUUCCAAAUACAAGAGUGGAAGUCUAUGAUUACACUGAAUAUCUUGAAUACUUUGCAAAACAUAAUUGUCUGUGGUGGUCUAUUAUCUGGAUCGCUACUGUGUUUACACAUGGUUGUCUCCCAUCAAGGUUUAACAAUUGGCGAUUACGUCUUGUUCGCUAGUUAUAUAAUACAACUUUAUGUUCCAUUGAAUUGGUUUGGUACAUAUUACAGGGCUAUUCAAAAAAAUUUUGUCGAUAUGGAAAAUAUGUUCGACCUACUUAGAGAAGAGCAAGAGGUGAUAGAUGCACCAGGAGCUGAAUUAUUGGACGUCAAGCGUGGACAAGUGGAAUUUUCGAAUGUUUCAUUUGGCUAUACUCCCGAGAAACUCGUGCUUAGAAAUGUCAGCUUUGUCGCACCCGCGGGAAAAACUAUAGCGCUAGUUGGUCCGUCCGGUGCUGGAAAAAGUACCGUAAUGCGACUACUAUUUCGCUUUUACGACGUUGAGCAAGGCGCAGUUUUAAUUGAUGGACAAAAUGUAAAGACCGUUAAACAGGAGUCUCUAAGAAAUAGCAUUGGUGUUGUACCGCAAGAUACAGUCCUGUUUAACAACACUAUAAAAUAUAAUAUUCAGUACGGUCGUAUCGAUGCGCCAGAGGCGGAUGUAAUUGCUGCUGCGAAAUACGCGGAUAUUCAUGAGAAGAUUCUCACAUUUCCAAAUGGUUACGAAACACAGGUUGGCGAAAGAGGACUUAGGCUAAGCGGUGGUGAGAAGCAACGCGUAGCAAUUGCACGUACAAUAUUAAAGGCGCCAAAAAUAGUAUUGCUCGAUGAAGCCACGAGUGCUUUAGACACACAGACAGAGCGUAAUAUACAAGCGGCAUUGAACAGGGUGUGUGCUGGACGAACGACUAUCAUUAUAGCGCAUAGAUUAUCCACGAUAAUUCACGCAGAUGAAAUCCUUGUUUUGAAAGACGGUGAGAUAAUUGAGAGAGGUAAACACGAAGAAUUAAUUUCGCAUGGUACCGUUUAUCAUACAAUGUGGCAAGCGCAGCUUCAAAAUAAUCAAGAAAACAUCAAGAAUGAACAAAAUUUUAUCCACGAAAAUGAUGUUUUAAUUAAUAGUAAAACUGAAUAAUAGAAUUGUGUGCGUGUGCGUGUGCGUGUGCGUGUGCGUGUGCGUGUGCGUGUGCGUGUGCGUGCGUGUGCGUGUAUGUAUCUCUGUACAAAUAUAUACAAUGUAUCCAUAAAUAUAUAAAUAGUUAUUAAUGAAAUUAUUCAUUUCGCGUGCGUGCGUGUGCGUGUAUAGGAUUACUGCAUCAAUCGUCAUUAAAAGCUUACUAUCUCACUAUCUCUGAUUAACUUAAUAAGCUGAUUAAAUUAAAAAUGGCCAACUGUAAAAUUUAAAAUUGAUUGUUACUUUGUAUUUCUUGACUAUUUUCUAUAAAUUAGAAUUUAUUUAUGUAAAAUAUAAUACUUUUAUAAGUAAUUGGCUAAUCAAGCUAAUCGGAAAUGAUGAGAUCUUAAAUAUGAAUCUUUUUAAACUGUUUAAGAAAAACAAUAAAACAAUAAAGCUUUAAAAUAAUAAAUAGAAAAAUGUUUUUUUAGAUCUGAUUUUUAUACAGAUUUGAUUAAAAUAUUAUUUUUUUUACUUGUAAAAUGUAAUUAUGUUAAGUUGUUAUUUGUUCAUUGGUGCAGCGAUUCUAUUGUCUUUGAUGAAAGAAAAAUGUAAAAAGGAAAAUGAAAUGAUAGUUGUGUAUUAAUAUAUAAUUAUUGUACAUUACAUGGUUGAGGACUGCAUAGAAGUAUUUAUUUAUAUAUUAGAUUUUAUGCGAGAAUCCUUAUUGAAAUUAUAAUUAAUCUCUGUUACCAUAAGUGAUUGGAAAUGGAAAACAAAUACACAAUAAAGUUAUCAUAUAAAAUUUAAUUUAGUUUCCAACUAUAAAAAGA